GAACAAAACUUUCCCUCAUCUCUCCAUCUUUCCUUCCUCCCUUUAAGUCCUGCAGGGCUCCCUAGCUAUAUCCUUUGGUGGUCGAACUGGUACGAGUCCAAUGGAACCCUUGGACGGAGACGCACCACCCGUGCCUCAAUUCCCUUGCUUCUCACCGCCACUUGCACCAGGCUUGUCUCAGUACUACCCUCCUGCUCUCUCCAACCUGCAGCAGCAGCAGCAGCAGCAAGAGUCUUCCUCACUGAGCUGUGGAGGGGCACCACCAGCCAUUGACUGGGCUUCACUGUUCUUACCGAGCCCGAUAGGGCUGCAGCAGCCGAUGCCGGCAGGAUUGUUACAGGCUGUGGGGAGGCCAGGCGAAGGCGAAGCCGAUGCAACUGGCGGUGGUGGCGUCAAGGAGAAGGGAAAGGGUACUGGAAGGGCAAAGAAGGUAAGCAGGCCGAGGUUUGCCUUCCAGACCAGGAGUCCCAAUGAUAUCCUUGAUGAUGGUUAUCGAUGGAGGAAGUAUGGCCAGAAGGCGGUGAAGAACAGCACUUAUCCCAGGAGCUAUUACCGUUGCACUCACCACACAUGCAAUGUGAAAAAGCAAGUUCAACGUCUAUCCAAGGAUACAAGCGUUGUUGUCACUACAUAUGAGGGAGUACACAAUCACCCUUGCGAGAAACUAAUGGAAGCUUUGAGCCCUCUUCUCAAGCAGAUUCAAUUCCUCUCUCGGUUUUAGAAAUGCUUUCAUUAAGUUGGGUAAAGGAAAAGGCUGCCCAUCUUGACAAAUUGUACUCGUUCUAUUGCAUAAGAUGUAUAAAGACAACUCAAACUUACAGUUUAUAAACUUGUUAAAUGAAGAAGGAAAAAAAAUACUUCUUUAUUAA